UAUUGUGCCUAUAUAGAUAGCACUCUGAUUUUCUCUCUCUCCAUGUAUGUCGCUUCUCUUUCCCAUAGCCAGAACAACAGGGAACUAGUAACUUCCUUCAUCAUCUCACCAUGGCACCAUUCACUCCGUUGAAGUUGCUGCUGCUGCUAACGCUGUUUUUCGCGUUGAGCCAGAAACAGAGUCUCUGUUCCACGCUCAAGAGCGAAGAAGGCUUGGCGCUGCUGGCGUUGAGGGAGAGAGUGGUGAGUGACCCGCAGGGGACUUUAUCAAGUUGGAGUGGCGCAGAUGGAGACGUUGAUCCUUGCUCGUGGUUCGGUGUGGAGUGUUUUCAUGGUUAUGUUGUGACCUUGAAUUUAAAAGACCUUUGUCUUGAAGGAACACUAGCACCAGAAAUUGGAAAGCUGGCUCACAUAAGAUCAAUCAUUUUGCGCAACAAUUCCUUCUUUGGAGAAAUUCCCAAGGAGAUACUACACUUAGAGGAGUUGGAAGUGCUUGACUUGGGAUAUAACAACUUUAGUGGAUCAAUUCCAUUUGAUCAUGGCAAUAUUUCAUCCCUGACCACUCUUUUAUUGGACAACAAUUACUAUCUAGCCAACUUAACUACAGAGCUGUAUAAGCUCAAGAUGAAUUCUGAAUUUCAUGCCAAUGAAGAACAGCUAAUUGGUGCCACCUCUAGAGAACUAUUUGUCGGCAGAUGUAAUUUACGGCGCAUUAGCCAACAUGGGGAUAGAUCAUACAGGAGGCAACUUCUCAAGGUAGCAAAUGCUGCUAAUACACCCAAAAUCCAAGGGGAUGUUAACCAAGGGACACUUAAACAAUCAGCAUCACAUUUCCGUUUUUCAUUACCACCAGAUUUUGAGCCUUUCUCAUCAUCACCAUCAGAAAGUCCUUUAUAUUCACCAGGAUCAGCUCCAUUAUCAUAUUCGCCAUCGCCAUCUCCAUCACCCUCCAGUAUUUUUUUCGCUCCUUCACCUGUAGUGUUACCAACUCCAGACAUCCCACCCCCAGUAAACACGCCUGUCACUGUGUCUACACCACCCGAGUUUAAUUGGGCGCCUAGCCCUUCAUCAUUUUCUAACCAAGGGAACACAAAUAGUUCCAAUCAAAUACAUCAUUCAGUGAUAAUCUGGUCUGCAGUUGGGGGCUUCUCCUUAUUGAUUUUAUUGUCAGCCAUUAUUUUUGCUUGCUUCCAAAGUAGGAAGGUUGUGGCUGUUAAACCUUGGUCCACAGGGUUGAGUGGCCAGCUGCAGAAAGCUUUUAUAAAAGGUGUGCCAAGUCUCAAACGAGGAGAAAUUGAAGCAGCUUCUGAAUAUUUCAGUAACAUUAUUGGUUCUCUUCCUGAUGGAAUUGUGUAUAAGGGGACUCUCUCCAGUGGAGUUGAGAUAGCUGUAGCAUCCUCUGCAGUGACCACAGCUCAAAACUGGUCAAAAAGUAUGGAAGCUCAAUUCCGAAAGAAGAUUGCGUCAUUAUCUAGAGUGAACCACAAGAAUUUUGUGAAUCUUAUUGGGUAUUGUGAAGAGAAUAAGCCAUUCUCAAGAAUGAUGGUGUUUGAGUACGCUCCAAAUGGAACACUCUUUGAGCAUCUGCACAUUAGAGAAGGAGAAGAACUAAAUUGGACAAUGAGAAUGAGGAUAGCUAUGGGAAUAGCCUACUGCCUAGAGUAUAUGCAUGAGUUGAAACCACCCAUUGCCCAUAGAAACCUGCAAUCUUCCUUUAUAUACCUUACUGAAGAUUAUGCUGCUAAAGUAUCAGAUCUUAGUUUAUGGAAUGACAUGUGUGCUACAAAGAAUGGGUCUGCAACCACACAACUCUUGGAAACAUCGUCAGCAGAUACCAAGGACAAUGUUUACAGCUUUGGAAUAAUAUUGUUUGAGUUGAUUACAGGGAGAAUUCCCCUUGCUGGGAACAGUGAACUUCUGGCAGAUUGGGCAGCAGAAUAUGUAAGGUGGGGGAAAUCCUUAAGAGAUGUUGUGGAUCUAAGACUGAAGUCUUUGCAGGAAGAAGAGAUUGAGGAAUGGUCUGAAGUAAUAAGAAACUGUGUACAACCAGAUCCAGAGAAAAGGCCAACUAUGAAAGAAAUUACAUCUAGACUCAAGGAACUCACAGCUAUGGGGCCUGAUGGAGCAAAUCCAAAAGCAUCACCACUUUGGUGGGCAGAAAUGGCAAUUACAUCCACUGAUUCAAGUUGAGACAUUAAUAUUAUAACCCAAAUAAAAGUGGAAUGCUAAUUUGUACAGUUGCUCUAAAUUUGGAAUUCAUACACUUUUGAAAUAUUUAUGUUUAUACUAAUUUUUUCUAAACUAUUAUUUUGAAGCCAACAGAAGAAGCAUGUAAAGAACAAAUAACAUUUGUCUCAUUCUAGAGGAAUUGAUUUUUGUUAUUGUUUGGAGGGACAGAGACAGAGAAUGCUUCCUUAAUAAUACCCUUUCCAAUAUGUUCUUUUGGGAAACUGUUGUUGAGGCAGGGGAAAGGGCUGUGCUAUGUUUGCCUACUAGGAGAAGGAAACAAAUUCAUUUUGUAUUGUGAAUACAUAGUUGGCAUAA